AUGUUUAAAAAGAGAAAUCAUCUGUCAAUUUACAUUCCUGAGGGUGCAACUGGCAAAUUGGCACUAUCUCAGGGGUUUAGAGUUUAUAGAAACUUUGACGAAAAGCACUCAUUUUACAGGGAUGGACGGAGGAGGAAGAGAGAUGUAAAGGCGGUGGAACAUCAUUUUCCUGGCAUUACACAGAUUUUAAAAUCUGUGAAAAACAUGGAAAAUGAAUGCGUCUAUUGCCGCCUGGAAAGGGAUAGUGAGGUGGACCAAGUACAAGCAGUUCUAUUUGAAUUGCUUAAAAUAGCAACUGGCAUUAUCGCAUCUGAGCAGGCUUAUAGCAAGGAAUUAGAGUAUAGGAUGGAUCUUUGCACACUCUUUCUGGAUGAAAAUUUCCACCUUUUAAGGAAUAUAAAGUCACUUCAAGAACAAAACAUCAUUCUUGACAAUGAAUUAAUUAAAUGUUUGGAUAAUAAUGAUACCGAAUAUGCAGAAACGGUUUUUAUCCAGUGUCCUAAUGUAAAAACUCACAAUAUAUUCCUGCAAGACAUAAGCCAAGGUUGGGAUAGUAUCGAUUGGAGGGCGCUUGAGUUAGGGGAGUGUAAAUUAAAGCGUACGUAUUUGAGUCAAGAAUCUGAUUCGCAGCUAGAUGAGGAUGUCAAUGGAGGAUAUUUUGAUAAUUUAAAUUCUUUCGCAAAUAUCCCACUUUAUGACUAUACCGAACAAACUCCUACUGCUAAAGCCGAAUCGCCAAUAUCUAACUUAAGUACCGUAAUCAAAUCGCAAAAUAUAAAUGAAUUUAUCACGCCUAAAUCGCAAUUUCCCGCAUCAAAUACAAAUGAUUUGAUAUCUCUACCAUUUAAUGAUUUUGAUACAUCAGUUAACGAUAUACCUUUACAUUUCACCUAUGGUAACGUAUCAACACCAAGCAUUAGGGAAGGGGACAUAGUUUUUAAACCAUUAUUCCCUGAUCUAGACCCCGAUCACUCUUAUAAAUCCCUCGAUUCAUGUGACAUAUCUCAUACUAAUGAUCGAGAUUUAUGCACAUUUAGUCCAUUUUCAGGUGACGAUUUUUCGGCACAAUAUUCAAAUUCCAAUCAUUCAAGUCUUGAAGAAGAGGUGGUUGUUGAGAAAUAUCGAAUAUCUGAUGAAGAUUUAAACUUGUUUGAACAAUUAUUCACUUCACGAGUUCAGUACUAUAGCGAAGGUAGUGAUACUAUUCGGCUGCUGAAUGCUGAAAACUCUUAUUUAUACAACAUAAUCCAGAACAAAUUGGUGAUUGGCAAUGAAAUAGAUCUUAAGGAGUUGGGUGAAGCCAUCAAACUCAAGGAGAAAUUUAAAAUACAUAAAGAACACUGGGAUAGGUUGGAAAAAUUACUGUCGAGUUACCUAAACCAGAAUUUUGAGGGAGAGAUUGGAAAGUUUUACGUCCAGAAUCCGAAUUUAGAUGUAAGAUCUAUGGAUGAAGAUGUAGUGAAGUAUUUGUCAGUAUUUGCAUCCAUUUCUGCUUUAUUGUCUGAAAGGGUGUUUGAAAAAAUUUUGGAUGAUAUUGUUAUCAAUAAGGGCGAUUUUGACCACCUUAUAGCAUCACUGAACAAAAUAAGUGGUCAAAAAUAUGCUGAAAAUCAUUUACUAAAAGACAGUAAACUUCAGUUAUCAAUUCAGACCGAAUUGUGUAACAGAUUGACAUCUAUAAACAAUAUCAGCCUAAUAUGUGAUUCCCAGCAAGUUGUGGAAAUGAAAAACAAGGUAUCACAGCUUAAUGAAAAGAUUACAGCGCUUGAAAGUGAAAAAAAUGAUUUAUUAGCAGAUUGCAAAAACGCUGCCAACGUCAUUUCCAUGAUGGAAUUGGAAAUCCAAGAGAAAUCUGUUAACAUUGAAAAACUCAAUACCCAAAUAACUAAUCUACAAGCAAAGGCAAAUAUAGAUAUGGUCAAAGAGUCGAAUAAAUAUAACACCAACCCCAUCAUUAAUUUUUCACAAGAAAAGGUGCCAAAAUACACUAAACCUCCUGAAAUAUCGAAUAGCUACGAUUCGAUGGAGGGGAUAAUGAAAAAGGCAUUGUGGAAUUGCCUUAAAGACCUGGAAUACGCAGAAUCUUACACAGGUUGUACAACCCUCGUAUCAUCUGAAUCUGCAUCUGAUAUAAUGUAUGAUUCAGAUACCGAUGGUUCUGACAUUUCAAUUACUAGGGUUCAAAAUCAUCCAAUCCUCCCAAAGUUAUUAUCAAUGCUUGAAAGAUUGCACUCUAGGUAUAUGGGAUUGAUACGUGCGCUGAAGGAACAAUGUGUGACCAUUAACAGGACAGACUUCAACAAAUAUGUUUCUCUAAUGGAUGGCCUAGCAUCCUUAAUACGCCGCUACAACACUAGUGUUAAAUAUGACCACGAGAUUGAGACUAUCCAGAUCAUGAUGCAUAGUGAGUACACCCUCUCAAGCUCUAAUAUAUUGUAUUUGCUUAACAUAAUGGCUAGACUAAGUGAAUUGGCUCAAAUUGUACUAUUAGACCGAGAACUCGAUAUAAAUUCAAGUGUAUCGCGCACUAAUGCCCGUUUGGAGAGGGCAGAAGACCGAAUUAAACUUCUAGAAAAGGAGAAGAUGAAGAUUAUAGCAGAGAAAGAUGACCUAAAGUCCAAUAUUAGUGGAUUGAAGAAGGAAAUAGACAGAUUAAAAUAUCCAUUGGAUAGGUUGGAUAGAUCCAGGCAUCCACUAUGA